UCUUCAGAAAACCCGGUGGCUGACCCUGAAAUGCAGUGAUCUAGCUUUUCUGCGGCGGUCGGCAGUGGCGGGUAUUUAAGCCAUGUGCCGCCGGAGACCGGCAUCAGAGCAGCAGCCGAUCACCCCACUGAAACACCAUGAAAGCCAUCGUUCUCCUGUGCUUGGUGGCUCUCGCCGUGGCGGACAAGAGUGCCCGGAUUGUCAACUACCAGUCGGGCAUCGAGGAGGAUGGAUCGUACGCCACUGAGUUUGAGACGACGAACGGCAUCAAGGCCAAGGGAGACGGCAUCUCCUACCCCGGCAACGCACCCAAUACCGGCAACUACGUAAUGACUGGCUCGUACUCUUAUACUUGGGAGGGCGUCACCUACACUGUGAACUGGACUGCCGACGAGAACGGCUUCCACCCUGUCGGAGAUCAUCUCCCCGACUUCAGUCACACCCGGGAGCACAUCGGCUUCGUCGACGAUCAUCUUCGUGUUCCUGCGCUGUCGACGGAUGUCAAACAGCUCAGAAAGUCUGUUCACCACUCCACUCCCUGUUCCGGCACAUCUGAUCACGGCACCACCAUGAGGACCGUUCUGCUCAUUUGCUUCAUUUCUCUGGCCUUUGCCGAUGAAUAUGCCAGGAUCGUGAACUACCAAUCCAGAAUUGAUGAAGACGGGGCAUACAAAUCCACGUUCGAGACGACCAACGGCAUCAAAGCAAGCGAGGAAGGCAUCUCCUACCCCGGCAACGUCCCCGAGUCGGGCAACUACGUGAGGAGCGGCUCGUACUCGUACGAAUGGGAGGGCGUCACAUACACGGUGAACUGGACGGCCGACGAGAACGGCUUCCAUCCUGUUGGAGAUCACCUGCCCGACUUCAGUCACACCAGACAGCAUAUCGGCUAUGUAUCCGACUAUGAAUAA